UGUAUUCUAAGGAAGUAUCAAGAGGUGUUAUUCCUGGCAUGUCCCUGGCCGGCACCUCCACUGAACAAAUAUCCAAGAAUAUAACAACUUGUAGAAAUGUCACCAUUCAAAUCACCAAUCACAGUGAUAGGUACAUCUUAACAAACCCAAGAAUCUACAACUGCAGUGGAUACUGUUGCCGUCCUCCACAACCAACCAUCAACAAAAACACCUGCGAAGUCUGCUGCUUUUCCAAAACCUCACUGGCAGCUUGUGGUAGUGUUGGAGUUCUGAUGUACCAAAUCAGCUUGGACAAUACCAGCUAUGUCGGUGAUCUGGCUGUGAUGUUCUCUGUGCCUUUUGACUACAACUUGUACAAAAACAUGUUUGCACUUGGCAAUUUCUAUAAAGCCAUGUCAUGCGAUUAUGAUUUAUUCUGUAGGAUGUAUUAUUUAACCGGUUUAUUCACCACGGGCAAAGGUACAGGAAGUGCCAUAUCACAUUUUGGAGAACAUGUUCGUUUGACAGGAACAAUGUCUGCUUUUGGAAAGUCCAUUAUAAAUGUUGAAGUUUGGGAUAAGGGCACUAACAACCCUGUGCACUGAGGUGCACUUAAAAAGACUAUUUGUUCCCUGAAAUAAAUCAAGUAUUGAAAACCCAUCCUCCUCAGGGUGGGGGUCAUUCUAUAGCUCAGAUCAUUCUGAAAUGUGUUUCUUUUCUCCACAGUUGUGUAGAGGGGUUUUACUGUAGGAGUUACUGUAUCCUUUCUGUCAGCUCCAACUAUUUUGACCUCUGUGGUGACCGCUUGACCUAUCCUCCAACAAUAGACAUUUGAUUGCAGAUUUUCUCACACAGAGUCGCUUACUUGAUGUAUUUUCUUUAUUCCACCAUAUGUAAACUCUACUGUUCCUGGAGAGCUACUGCCCAUAUUUCCAUUUAUUUUUGGCAUUGUACUCCUGUCACAUGAUUGAAUAUAAAAUUGGAUGAAUGAAUAGGUGUACAGGUGCUUCAA